AUGAGUCGGGGAAGCCCCGGUAGUGACUUGACUAUACUCACUCAAAUCUCCAACAUAACUUUGCAUGUUGAUGUAAUAGCAGCCGAAGUUGGAACACAAACCGAUAUAGAAACAAAUACACCUUUAACUACUCCUUCUCCGUCUCAUUCCAGUACUACCAACAACGAUUCCAUUCGAUUACCGUUCUUUAAACUCUCUAAAUUAAACAGUAGAUGUUCGAUUUGUGAUAUAUAUUUUGCCGAAAAGAAUAUUCGUUCAGUUCAACUGAAUGGCGAUGUACGAACAACAAGUUUAUUAAAUUAUCAUAUUCUAAUACCAGAAGGAAGUAGAUGCUGUUACAAUCAUCUGAAUGAUGGCAAUUUAAAUCAAAAAGACAUUGAUGUUGUAAAUCGAAAUAAACUAAAUGAAUGCAAUGUUAAUCGAGAAAAAAUCAUUAAACUAUUUGAUGAAAUGAAACAAACCUUAACAACUAAACGAGAAAGAAUUACUGAAUUAAAUGAACAACCACCCUUGGACUUCGAUCAAAAGAUUUCUGACCACAACUGUCAUGUUUUAACUGUGUUAACCAAAACUCAGUUUAAUGAUCUCUGCUCCCACAUACCACUAUCUGCAUUAAGUAUACUAGAUAGUGCAACAACAGCUCUUGGGCAACAUUUUGUGCAAAAACAUCUUGGUUUUGAUCAUAUAAGUCGUCAAGAUGUAAUUAAAUAUCAUAUACGUCCUCUUGCACAACAACUUCUAGCUGAUAAUGAUCAGAAUAAAGUAGUUAUUAUACUGGAUGGCACGUACAUUUACAUUCAGAAAUCUCAAAAUAAUAUACUUCAGCGACGUACGUUUAGCUCACACAAAGUUCCAUAUACGAUGAUAGAAAAAAUUGGCGAUUACUUUGCGACAGUAUGUGCACUAAUUAACUGCUAUCGACCAGUGUUCGUUCGUGACACAAGACACGAUCGAGAAAUUGGUGACCGAAUUCUUGAAUUAGCUGAUGAAACAAACAAAAUGAAGACUUAUAUAGAUAAAUUGAAAGAUAAACAAGAAAAACUAAAAUGGGUGCCAAUGAAUGCAGCUAAUGUAAUUAACGACUUUCCGAAAAUGACAUUUGAUGAAUUACAAGAACUAACAUUGAGCUGUUAUCAGCUUAAACAGUCGAAGGCCUAUACAACCGAGCACUUAGAUCAAGACGGUAGCUUUCUAGUAAAAGUUACAAAUCAAAAGCAAGAUUAA